CACCUUAAGUAUAGUUUAGUUUUUAUUGCACCUUAAGUAUAGUUUAGUUUUAUCUCUAUGUUUAGCUUUAUGUUUGUCCGCGUCACUGUACUGGUUGAAGUGACAAUAAAGCUUCUUUGACUUUGACUUUGACUAAUGCAAAUGCUAUCAAAGCCACCUCACUGCCAGUAUGUUCUGCAGCUUGUGGAUUGGUUUGAAAUGGACAACUGCCUCCUGUUAGUCCUGGAAAGACCAAUCCCCUGCAUGGACGUGUACGAGUUAUGCUUAAGUGAAGGAGGCACACUCAGUGAGCUACUGGACAAAAUGAUCAUGCUGCAGGUGGUUGAGGCUGCCCGCUACUGCCAAAAUCACAAGGUUUUCCACCGUGACAUCAAGGCAGAAAACCUUCUGUUUAACUCCGACACCCUGGAAAUAAAAUUGAUCGAUUUUGGCUGUGGUGAUUUGUGGCAGGACACGCCCUACGUGGAAUAUGCAGGAACCCCAGAUUUUUGGCCUCCAGAAUGGAUCCAGCAACAACAGUACUACGCCGACCAUGCUACCAUCUGGAGUCUGGGCAUUCUCCUAUACAGCUUAGUCUGUGGAGAAAUGCCCUUCAGUAAUGAGGAGGAAAUUGUUGCUGGGUCCCUCAAUUUCAUACCUGGCCUGUCUGAAGCCUGCCGCCAUCUGAUCAACUGGCGCUUGGAGCAAGAUCCCACCAAAAGACCAAGCCUGAAGCAGAUCAGUAAACAUGGGUGGUUCACAGAAGCCCUUCAGGUUAGCCAGAUGAUGAAUAGGCCAUGUUGGAUCAGACCAUCAGCACCCAACAAAUUAUAAUUACAAAUAAACUAUAAUUCCUGUAAAUAUAUUCCUGUAAAUAAAUUUGAAUUCCUGUAAAUAUAUUCCUGUAAAUAAAUUAGAAAU